AGCAGUUGCUUCGUUGUUUGACCUUUGUUUAAGGUUGUUGUCUUCUUUCCAACUUUGCCGAACUCUAAUAAUGAUGGUAAUAAAAACAAUAAAAACAGUGUGGGUGAAAGUGAAAGUAUCCUCAGUCCUCUCUGAUGUCACGUUGCAGCCAGAAGCCGCAUUGAGCUCUCAGCGCCAGAAGCGGACACAGCGCGGCAAUUUGCACACAAAACAGCACAAAAAAUGGGGAAAAUCUACCAGGUGGUGGUUAUUGGACUAAGGGCAGAGAAGGUUGUGAUCGACCUGUGCGACACCGAGGAGCAGUUUAAGACCAUCACAGUGCUGCAGCUGAAGGAGAAAAUCUUGUCGAAGCUUGCCUGUAACAUAAGGCCAGAUGAUUUCCGACUGAUCUUCACAUAUAAAAAUCUGGAGGGAGACGCCACCCUGCUGUGUGAUUAUGGAAUCGAACACAAGUCCACAAUACAGAUGGUUCUUUGGCUAGGAGGAGGAGGGUUUCCAGAGAAGGAAGAUGGAGGGAUGGGUGACAAGGACAAAAACCGAAGUAUGGAAAAACUCUCAGGAUUUUAAACCAUUUUAGUAACACAACUGCACCUCAGCGACCCAAGUUCCAAAACAGUUCAACUUUCACUUUUAGUGUAACAAAAACACAGAAUGUGGACAUUUUGAAGAACGGCUGGAUUGUAAGAAGUUUUAUUAAAACGUUGUAUUAAUUACAAUAAUCCCAUCUGAUCUUAAAAUGGUUUAGAUGUAGCACUACAAUGGGGCUUCCCUCAGACUGUGAAGCUCUAUCUCCACCUCCUCCACUAUUCACUGCAGCUUGAGCACACCAGCUCACCUACGACUCUGCAUCAAAGACCUGUUGUAAUUCUGGGAGUCAUACAUGAUGGAAAACCAAACCCUGGAAGCUGACAGGAUGACGGUCUUCGGUUCACUGCAGCUUGAAGACAGAAAUGCCGUUUAUUUAAUCCUGUAUAAGCUCAUAAAAUCUAAUGAAGUGUGUCAUUAUGAAUGUAAGUGAAGGGGUCUGUUUUUAUAUUCAUUUUUCUUCAUUUCUUGGAUAUUAAACCCCUUUUUCAGUC